AUGGCUGAAGCUGGAGUUCUUGAAACUAUGCCACGUACAAUGACAAAGGAAACAGAGUUAAAGAAAGAAUUGGAGAAACUAGUAAAGACAAUUCUUGUCGAGGAGGAUUAUAGAGUGGAGGUUACUGAUGAGGCCAUGAGGAUUUUGAGUGUCUUGAAAGAAUUGAAAUUCAAGAAAUCAUCGAAGGUGGUGGAGGUGGUGGAUAAUACAGUUAUCCCUGAAGAAUUUAUAUGUCCCAUUUCAAAGAAGAUAAUGAAUGACCCUGUUGUCCUGGCUACUGGACAGACCUACGAUCGACCAUUCAUCCAAAGAUUGCUAAAUGAAGGGCACAGAACAUGUCCCCAGACCCAGCAAGUCAUUUCUCAUACUUUCCUGACCCCUAAUCAUUUGGUGCAAGAAAUGAUUUCAAAGUGGUGCAUGGAGCGUGGAAUUGAGCUACCAAAGCCCCUAGUUGAUGAUGAUGUGCAUACUGAUGCUGACAGAGUCUAUUUGAAGUCACUGCUUGAAAAGAUGUCCUCUUCCCUUUCUGAUCAAAAAGAAGCUGCAAAGGAGCUUCGGCGUCUAACUAAAAGGAUGCGAUCAUUUCGGUCCCUUUUCAGUGACUCAACCGAUGCUAUUUCUCAAUUGCUCAAUCCACUAUCAUCAGGCAGAGCUAACACUCACCCUGAUCUGCUAGAAGAUUUGAUUACAACAAUUUUCAACCUCUCCAUUCAUGAAAAUAAUAAGCAGCUAUUUGCAGAAAAUCCACAUGUCAUCCCUCUGCUUGUUGAAUCUGUAAGAUCUGGAACCAUUGAAACAAGAAGAAAUGCUGCUGCUGCUCUCUUCUCCUUAUCAGCCCUAGAUUCAAACAAGCUCAUUAUUGGAAAAUCUGGUGCUCUAGAACCUCUAAUUGGCCUUUUAGAAGAAGGGCAUCCACCGGCAAUGAAGGAUGCUGCAUUGGCAAUUUUCAACCUUUGUCGUGUCCUUGAGAAUAGAGUCAGGGCUGUCCAAGAAGGGGCAGUCAGGGUAAUCCUAAAAAAGAUAAUGGAUUGCAUCCUUGUUGAUGAGUUGUUGGCUACUCUUGCAAUACUUACUAGCCAACAGGAGGCUGUUGAGGAAAUGGGGCUACUUGGUGCGGUGCCUUGCUUAAUUGACAUUAUAAGGGAGAGUAGUUCUGAGCGCAACAAGGAGAAUUGUGCUGCGAUUUUACAUACAAUCUGUCUAAAUGACCACACUAAAUGGCGGGCCAUCAUGGAAGAGGAAAAGGCCAAUGCUACACUUUCGAUACUUGCUGAGAAUGGGACUUCAAGAGCCAGGAGGAAAGCUAAUGGCAUUCUCAAGAUACUGAAUGGAGCUGCUUCAAUCAUACAUACUCUAUGA